AAUGAGCAGAUUAAACAAGCAAACUCGGGGCAACAAUGCCGGUCUGAUUAUUGCUCUGACCACAGGACCACUGACACCAAAGGCAUUUCAGGAGACUAAGUCCAAAGCUGAGAAGGCUCAAGAUAUGGGUGCCAAAGUUUAUUGCGUGGGUGUAAAAGACUAUAGGAAAGAUCAGCUGAAUGACAUCGUAGAAAGAAAGGAUCAAAUGUAUGGUAUAGACAAUGGAUUCAAGUCCCUGGAAGACAUUGUUAACUUGCUGGUGGUAAAUUCCUGUCAUGAAGUCAUGGCUGGGGAGAGUUAUUUUGUCUGUGUAAGAGGUAAGAGCUAUAGUCACUGUUCUAGACAGAACGUGCUCUGUGUGUAUGUGUGU